GGUUACCCCCUUUCUCAUGGCAACCUUCUUCCCACAGGAUCCCAUGGCAGUGGCAGAAAUGCUUACAGACCCUGCUCAGGGCCAUGUGGUCUUUGAGGACGUGGCCAUCCAUUUCUCCCAGGAGGAGUGGGGGCUCCUUGAUGAGGCUCAGAGACGCCUGUACCACAAUGUGAUGCUGGAGAACUUUGCACUUUUGUCCUCUGUAGGUAGUUGGCCUGGAGCCCAGGAUGAGGAGGCACCUUCGGAGUCAGGUGGUCCUGCGGGAGUGUCACAGGUCCGGACUCCAAAGCCAGCUCCGUCCACCCAGAAGUCUCAUUCUUGUGAGAUGUGUGGCCCACUCUUGAAAGACAUUUUACACCUGGCUGAGCUGAAUGGAACACACCCUCAGCAAGUGGUGUGCACGUGUGUGGCCAGUCUUUCCCAGUCCCAUGAGGAGCAGAGUGGAAAGAAACUGUCUGGAUGGGAUGAGCAGAGGCCUUCACUUGUGAGGAACUGUAGUGUUCACAUGGCAGAGAGGACCUUGACAUGCAGGGAGGGUGGAGAGGACUUUGCAGCCAGCUCAGGCCCUCCUGUGCACCAGGCCGCUCACAGUGGAGGGAAGCCCCACGACACUGAGGGCAGGGAGAACCUGGGAAGUGGGCAGAAUGGUUACAAGUGUGAUGACUGUGACAAAGCCUUUAGCCACAAGCACAUACUUGUUGCGCACCAGAAAAUGCACACGCGGACAAGGCUCUACGAGCGCCUCGACUGUGGGGAGCUCUUUAGUCAAAGGUCUGGCCUCAUUGACCAGCAGAGAGUUCACAGCAGGCCAAUGCGUUAUGAGUGCAGUCAGUGUGGGAAAUGUGUUAAAGACAGCUCCACACUCAUUGUUCACCAGAGAGUUCACACUGGAGAAAAGCCAUAUAAAUGCAGCGAAUGUGGGAAAUCCUUUAGGUACAGCUUCACACUCAAAAGACAUCAAAGAGUUCACACUGGAGAAAGGCCUUAUGAGUGCAGUGUAUGCGGGAAAUCUUUCAUGGACAUCUCCACACUUAUUAUUCAUCAGAGAGUUCACACACGGGGAAGACGUUUUGAGUGCAGCAAAUGCGGGAAGUUCUUUAGGUACCGCUUCACACUUGAGAGACAUCAGAAAGCUCACAGCGGAGAACGGCCUUAUGAGUGCAGUGAAUGUGGGAAACUCUUUAGGCACAACUCAAAUCACAUCAGACAUCGGAGAAACCACAGCGGGGAGAGGCCUUAUGAGUGCAAUGUCUGUGGUCGACUCUUCAGCCAAAACUCCCACCUCAUUCGGCACCAAAAUGUCCAUACCAGAGAAAAAACUUACGAAUGUAGUGAAUGUGGGAAAUUCUUUAUGGAUGGCUCCACGCUCAUUAUUCAUCAGAGAGUCCACACUGGAGAGAAGCCUUAUGAGUGCGGUGAAUGUGGAAAAGUCUUUAGAUACAACUCCAGCCUCAUUAAACAUCGGAGGAUUCACACAGGGGAAAAGCCCUAUGAGUGCCACAAUGAAUGUGGGAAAUUAUUUAGCCAUAAAUCCAACCUUUUCAUACACCAAAUAGUUCACACUGGUGAAAGGCCUUAUGGGUGUAGUGAAUGUGGAAAAUCCUUUAGCCGCAAUGCUGACCUCAUUCAACACCGGAGAGUUCACACUGGAGAAAAGCCUUUUACGUGCAGUGAAUGUGGGAAAGCCUUCAGGCAUAAUUCCACACUUGUUCAGCACCACAGAAUCCACACUGGAGUAAGGCCUUAUGAGUGCAGUGAAUGUGGGAAAUUCUUUAGCUUCAACUCGAGCCUCAUGAAACAUCAGAGGGUUCACACUGGAGAAAGACCUUAUAAGUGCACUGAAUGUGGGAAAUUCUAUAGCCACAAGUCAAGCCUUAUUAAUCAUUGGAGAGUUCACACUGGAGAAAGGCCUUAUGAGUGCAGGGAAUGUGGGAAAUUUUUUAGCCAAAGCUCUAGCCUCAUGCAACACCGCAAAGUUCACACUGGAGAAAAGCCUUUUAAGUGCAAUGAAUGUGGCAGAUUCUUUAGUGAGAAUUCCAGCCUCGUUAAGCACCAGAGGGUUCACACUGGAGCAAGACCUUAUGAGUGCAGGGAAUGUGGGAAAUUUUUUCGCCACAGCUCCAGUCUGGUUAAACAUCGGAGGACUCACACUGGAGAAAUGCCUUAUGAGUGCUGUGACUGUGGGAAAUCGUUUAGCCAGCGUUUUAAUCUCAUUCAACACCAGAAAGUUCACAGAGGAGAGAAGUCUUGAAUGCAGCUAAUAUGGACAAGCCUUUAACCAAAAGUCUGCUCUGGCCCAGCAGUGGAAACUCUACACCCCAGAUAGGCCUUAUGAGUACAGUGAACAUGAAGAGAGGUUCAGCCAAGGGCCUAAUUAACCUUGCUCAACACUGGAAAGUUCAGACUGGAGAAAGACCUUAGGAGUGCAGGGCAUGUGCUGUCCCUGGUCAGCCUAACCUAACACAGAGAGAAGCUCAGAGUAGCCUUUAUCAGGGAGCCAACAAUUGAAUAUCAUUCAUCCCAAUACGCACACUGAAUGCAGGACGAUAAAUUGCUGACAUUCUGCCCCUCCCCAGAAGGUGGCCCUCUGUAUCAAUCUGGAAUUGCGUUUUCAUUUCUCUUGAGUUUGGAAGGAUGGGGGAAGGGAGUGGUCUUGGUUCAGAUGUGACUGGCUCUUGCUCUUACUGAAUAUUAUAUUUACUUGAAUAAAUGUUUCUUUAUUUGCUGUACACCCUUA